AUGCUUCAAAGAGCUACUUCCACUUUCAGAACUGCAUCGCAUGUUCCUCGCAUAGUUAGCAUUAGAUUCAAUUCUUCGUUCAAAGACGAUGCCCAGAAAGCAGUCAAGGGUAUCAAAGAUGAAUACAACAAGGUUAAAGAUGCAGCAAAUGAAAAAGCUGAAGAGUUGAAAAAAUCAGCUCAAGAAUCGGCAAAGUCAAUAUCACAACAAUUUGCCCAAGAGAAAACCAUCAAUGCAGAGGUUUUAAACAAGUACAAGAAGCAAUUGGAAGAGAAAGCCAAAGAGUUGGGCGCUAAUGAUUUGGACGAACUUAAAGACAAAUUUAAAGACAAGAUAGCAAAGACCAGAAUUGAACUCGGGGCAGAAGAUCCACUCAAACAUAUUUUGGACUGGGAAAAGGCACAGAAUGAGAAACGCAAGGAUGGCAGUGUUAUCAAUGUUCGUAAAAUAGAUGAAAAGAAGGAAAAACUCCCAUUCAAAGUCCUUAACGAUUUCAUAGAUGUCGAAAAAGCAAGAGACUUGCCAACCAACGAUAUCAAAAUGAUCUGGAAAGCUAGAUUUCUAAAUAAGGAAAGAACCUUGCAUGCAACUUUGGAUAAUAGACAAUUUGCCGACAUUUAUGCCAACGCUUAUAGGUAUCCAAACUUCAUUUUGCCGUUACCCAAGCCACACAAUGAUGGGUACGAGCUCGAAUUUAUCCAAUGGGCAUUUGCUGGUCCAAAUACGAUUCAUUGUAUGUUUACUACCUUGGCUGAGUACAAGCUCAAUAAGGAAUUUGCCAGACCACACACCACGCUCACUUUUCAUCAAGAAUUUAGCCAAGAUAAGGAUCUAGUAUUGAUGCACGGUGUAAGCGAGAAAGAAGGAGGGUUGACCAUGGAUGAAGCACAACUACUUGUUGUUAAUUUGCAAAGGUUCUACAGUGGAAAGUUUCCCCAAAUGACCAAAUUGUUGAAGGAGUUCAACGACGGCAGUGCAGAAUUUAAUGUUGAUGACUUGAUUAAAGAAGCUACAUCCGUAUAG